GGGACGGAGUAAGUCGCUCCUCUCUCCCACUCUCCGCUUGUUGUUUUUUCUCGAUUUCGGUUGGACAACUUUUGGCAGUCGUGUUGACUCGCACAGCCCGUUCUCUCUCCCUCUCUCUUGUGUAUUCAAAAGUUUCGAAUCAAUCGUGAACAAGGCAACAAAGUCACGCUGACAAAAGGGGGUGGCGUCGGUGGGCCAACGCAAUUCGGGAUAGAAAUAUAAGAUCAUGUUUGAGUUUGGUGAGUAGUAUUGUGUCUGCCCGGCUGAAUGUGCCAAACGACGAGAGUGUCCAACCCACUGGUGCUAGAGCGGGACCACCAUGAAUUGGACGGGCACAAAAGCGGGGCCGGCGGCCCUGACAACGGCGAUGUUGCGGGACCCGAGCGAGGACGAAUUGAUCGACGCCAAUGUGACGGCGACGUUAUUCUACAACAAUUCCUCGUCAUCGACAGCCGUCACCACUUAUCUCAACAACAGUUCCGACGUCCUUUUGGCCGUUAAUGGACUCGACUCGCUGAUGAAUGUCCUCAUCGCCAUGGUCCUAGUCGUUCUUAUUUUAAUCACCGCAAUCGGCAACGUGUUCGUCAUCGCCGUCAUUCUGCUGGAACGGCAUCUGCAAUCGGUGGCCAACUAUUUGAUCCUGUCGCUGGCCGUCGCCGAUCUCCUGGUCGCCUGUUUGGUCAUGCCGUUGGGGGCCGUCUAUCAGGUGACUGGCAAAUGGCUCCUAGGACCCGAACUGUGUGACAUGUGGACCUCUUCAGAUGUCCUCUGCUGCACCGCCUCGAUCCUUCAUCUCGUCGCCAUAGCCACCGACAGAUACUGGGCGGUGACGAGUAUCGACUACAUCCAACAGCGGACCGUCGGCCGGAUCACGUGGAUGAUCGCCACCGUUUGGCUCGUCUCUCUGCUCGUCUCCUGUUUCCCGCUCUUCGGAUGGAAGGACGACGACUGGCAGAAGCGCAUCCAAGUCUACCAGCAAUGUCUCAUCAGUCAGGAUGUCGGUUAUCAGGUUUUUGCGACGCUGUCGACGUUUUAUUUGCCGCUGGCCAUCAUCCUGUUUCUCUACUGGCGGAUCUUCCUCACAGCCAAGAAGCGGAUUAGGAGGCGCAAGGAGCAAAGGCAAAACAAUGGAGUUUCAUCCUCAUCGGCAGCGGCGGCUGCCAUCGGCGGAUUGCGGCUCAGUUUGAGAGGAGCCGUCUCGUCGGCCGCUCCCACCAACUCGACCACCAACAGCACCGGAAUUUCCUUCGUUUCCACCAGCGAACCGGCCACUUGCACCGUCAUGGCCGCUGCCGUCGGUGUCUUGAAUCUCGGCCGCCCGCCAAUGCCAAUUUCAUCUCCAUCAGAUACCCUGGACAAUUUAUACGUCGAGCAAACGGUCGCUAUCGUCCCCCCGCCAGCGCAACCGCCGCCAACUCAGCCGGCCAAAUUAACGCGACGGAUAACAUCGGUGGCCGCUGCGGCCGUGGCGGCCGCCGCCUCGACUACCAAUCGCCGGCGGAACAUGGAGUCGAAACGGGAGCGCAAAGCGGCCAAAACAUUGGCCAUCAUUACGGGAGCGUUUGUCGUUUGUUGGCUGCCCUUCUUCGUCAUUGCCCUGCUGAUGCCCGUCUGCCAAUGGCCGCACUGUUACUACGACGACAACAUGGUGUCAUUCUUCCUCUGGCUCGGCUACUUCAACUCCACUCUCAACCCAAUUCUCUACACCAUUUUCAGCCCAGAGUUCCGCAACGCUUUCCAGAAACUACUCCGGAUGAAGAGCAACCCUCCACGAUCCAGCCAGCCCAUGCCCACGGCCCUAUCCCAUUCCGGUGGCGGCGGUGUUGGCGGAAGGGCCAGGGAGAGUCGACCAAAUGUCACAGUUUUAACUGUUGGCAAUAACAACAAGUUCAAUGAUCCGGAACGCCAAAGUGUCGCAGCCGUGUCCAACAACUAUUCCGGAUAGAGAGCUAGAAAUAAAAAACCAAACUGAAUAAAAGAUUGUUGUUGUACCAAUAAUAAAAAGAAAAGAAAAGAAAAAGAAGAAAAACUACUAUUGCUAUUUGAUUUCUUGUUUGUUUCUUGUUGCAAUCCUAUUUAUGACGUCAAUGUGACACGACCUGGAAAGUGUAUAACAACCAUCUAGAUAUUAUAUAUUUCUCAUUCCUACUCUGACGACGUGAUACUCUCACACGCAUAAAAAGAAGAAGCCAUGUUGAUGUUUCAUAUCAAAUAUAUAUAUAUAUAUCUAUACUUCAUUGAUUGUCUAAGAAGAUUAUCAUUUCCAAUUUCACUUCUAUGGCUGUGUGUUGUUUUCCACUUAUUCUCGUUUCAUCAUUUGUAUAUAUUCGUAUAAAAUGGGGAGAAACGGAGCUGAGUCGACGCUGUAUGCAAUACAACGGGGCAAUUCUUAUACCUA